AUGGAAAAGGAAUGAAAAGUCUUUGCAUUCAGAUUUUCAAAAUGCCUAGAUCAUAUUUCUCCAACUUCUCUCAAUAAAAAUAAAUCCAAGCAAGAGUUGGCCAACAUCUUCCCUAUAAAUAUUUAUAAAAAAGAAAAAUUAAAAAGAGAAAAUUCAGCUGCUCACAUGAGAUUAAAAAUAAAAGAAAAAAAAGGAAAGAUAAAGUUGAAUGAAGAAAAAGCUGAAAAAAUAAAGCAAGUUCAAAGCCAAAAACUAAUAAAUUCGUUAGAAAAAGCGCAAGAACUGCGAAAAUUAUUGAUCCUAAAAUAUCGGCAAAUGUCUGAUAAUUUACCAGAAAAGAUCGAAGUGCACUCAAGAAUUCUUUCUUGCAGCCACCAAAGGUCACUAAAAAGCAUUUCACCUAUGAAAUCUGUUUUCUUUAAACUUAGCGGAAACCCUAAAAGGUCUAAAACUCCUGUCAUAAAUUCAAACUUAAGUUUUGAUUUUUAUCAAGGAUCACCUUCUUUUAAGAAAAAGGUGGUGUUCAGCUAA